AUGGAUCGUUUUAUGAAUUCUAAUAUUGAGCAGCAGACGAUAUAUGAAAUUUAUCGAGCAUGUCGCCUUUGUGGUGCCGGUGCCGGCUACAAAAUGCCAAUAAUUCAAAAUAUUGUAGAUUUGGAUGGACGCGAUGUGGAAUUGAGGCAGAAAAUUCGGGAAUGUGUGCAAAUCGAGGUAAACCAGGGUGAUAAAAUGCCACCCCUCAUCUGCGAGUUGUGUGUUGAUAAAGUGAAUGACUUCUAUGAGUUCUUUGAAAUGUGCAGACAGACCAACAAGCGAACAAGGCAGCGACUGGGCCUUCCAUCACAGACAUCUUCUAAAGGAGCAUCUGAAGCUGGAGACUGUAUCCUUGGCGUAACAGAGCCUGUAUAUGUUAAUGAAAACUCUAAUGAGCCUCUUUCGAAGCAGAAAUCUAAAGUACAAAAGGGCAAAACAAAAAAGGAGCCUGAAGUUAAAAUUAAGAGCGAAGUUCCGGAGGGGCGUCGAGAGUCGCGGUCCUCGAGCAGAUCCAGCGCAGUGCCGGAGACCCGUCGAGCCACUAGAAACUCGUUCUCCAACUCACCAGCAAGUCCAUCCACAAGGACCAGGCAGCUCAGGGACAACAGGCCGAUUGAAACGCAAGGGAGGAAUCCAGUGGCGCCACUGAAAUCGAUACUGAAGAAAGAGAAGGAAGUCAAUAUAAAGGUUGAAGACAAAACGUUAUCACUAAGAUCAAAGAGGCAGAGGGAAACGGAGACUGUGAAACAGGAGUUGCCGAGUAAGAGAGUCAAAAUAGCAGUGAAACCGACACCGAAAGCUGCACCGAAGUCAAUACCGAAACCGAUAGUGAAACCGCCUCUGCGCAAGCUUCCGAAGCGUGACGUGACGAUGCAAACGAAGCCGCGGCCCAGGUCACCGUCGCCACAGUACGAAUGCAGAGUUUGCGCCAAGAAGUUCCACACUCCGCAGUCGCUGUCCAAUCACACGAGGUCACAUCCAGCUGCGCAAACACACAACAAACAGGGGAAAAAAGAACGAGGCGUUUCGUUUGGUGAUGGACGAGCACUUCGUGGCAGCGAGGCAGAGCGUUCUACAGAUAAAUGUUAUAAAUGCGGUCGAGGUUACAUGUUACGUAAGAGUCUAUUGAGGCAUGAGAGCACGUGUACGGCUAAGAAGAAAGAGGGUCCUGGUGGGCCCAAAUUCCGCGGGUUCCGUUCGGUCGGUGCUAGUGCAGAUGACGCUAAGGCUGCAUUGGAUCCAGAGAUAGCGGGCAAACUGCGCCCCGUGCAGAUUAGAGUGGCGAGAUGUGAUCCGCUGUUGGCGGAGCAACACACCUGCAGCACCUCAACUUUACCGCAGGAGUUCGGCCUGGAUAGUAACUGCGUAUAUCCAUACAUAUCGUCGGUGAGAAGUCUCCGUAUCAAAAGUGAACCAGGCACCGAGAUCGACGGCAUGGUCGAAAUUAAAGACGACGUUAGAGCUGAUUUUGAUCUAGACGCCGUCUACAUUCAUUGGGAUUCGGAUUGCAGUAGCGACAGCGAAUCAGAACCUACCCUAAACCUCGUAAUCAACCCUAAUGCCAAGAAAAAGAAGGUUGAGAGACUUUCUACACUAACCCUCAAAACCAUAUUCUCCGAAAAAGUCCUGGGUAAAGUGCCGAUGAAGCGUAGGAAGGUAAAAGUGGAGAGUUCGUGUGAAAAUAUUAAAAGUACACUUAACACUGAUGAAGUCAACAGUACUGUUCAAUGUUUAAAUAGUAGCGAUGACUCUGAAUGGAGAAGCAGUAGAGAAAAUGAAAAGGUCAAUACAGAUGCGACUUUACUGUGUGCAAAUGAGAAUAAUGUUAACGCUACAAGAGAUGAAGAGUCCACGACAGGCGAUGAAAAUAUUAAUAAAGAAAGUGAAGAAAGCAAUGUUGCAGAUAGUGCUGCAGAAAAAUCAAGGAGUAAUGGGGAAGAUGCCUCAAAUACCAGCGAAAGCGUUAUCGAAGAUGCUGUAAAAACAAAGGAUGAAACGAGCACAGUAGAAACUGUAGACAGUGCUAAUUCUAACGUUGAUAGUUAUCAAGCAUCUGUAAAAAUAGAUGAAAAACAGGCGAUAGAUGAGAAAAUGGAAAAACUGAAUGAAGAAACUAGUGGUUCAAGUCAAGAUUUAAUUUCCGAUAUUGUUUCGCGAUUAGAUGGAAACAAUGGUCUUCUUGAACCGGAGAAAGUUUCGGAAAAUGCUUCUGAAGUACAAAAUGUAGAAACCACCAUAGAUGAUAACAGAAUGCCUGAAAUUGAAAAAGGAACCAAAAACGAUGCAGAAGAAAGUACAACGCAAGAAAAGGAAAAUGAAACAACAGAAGGUAAACUAGAAGAGAAAAAUAGCAAAGAAUCGCGAGCACAAGGUGGUUCAAAUGAAUUGUUUCAGGAAACUGAUAAUGACUCGAAUAUUAAAGGAGCAACCACACAUGAAGAAGUAAAUGGUGAAAUGGUGAACGAAAGUACAGAUAAUAAUUCUGUAGAGGAUGCACAAAACAGUCAGACAGACGACCCUGCAGAUAAUAAAAUGGAUAUAAUGGAUGAAGAUUCGAAUUAUCAAAAUGAAAUUCGUGAGACUGAAAAAGAUCUGGAAGCGAUUCAAAAAUCAGAGGAUGACGAUAGACUAGAGAAAUCAAUUAAAGAUAAUUGUAAUAUUUACUCUGACUCGGUAGUUAACGCACCUGAAGCAACAGAUCUGGAAAGUCAUUAUAAAGAAAACCACAGAACAGGAGAAUUAAUUCAUAAUAAAAUGCAAGAUAAAGAAAGUAACUCUGAACAGGUGAAUUUCGCGGUUAAUACAGAGAAUCAAGGAACUGGAGAGAAUAUUACAGAAAUGUGUAAUAACAUUAAAAAUGUAAAUGGACAGACAGAUAAACAAAGUUACAAAUUAAACAUGGAAGACUUAGACGACAUCAGUGACACUGAAAUGGAUGACAGGAAACUAAUGGAAGCAUUGGAUGCUCAAAUCGGGGAGGGAGAUUCUAAAGAAGAAAAAGGUACCGAUAAAGACAAAAUAACCCUAGAAGACCUUCUCCCCGAUAAAGCUUCGGACAUCAAACCAAUGGAUUUGGACAGUAUAGCCGACGAAUUCAAUUUCGAUCCAUAG